AUGACCCUGACCACGACACGGACCAAGCGAAAUGUCGACUCGCUUCAGCUUCCCACAAGCAACAAUAAAAGACCGAAAUGCAUACAAAAACUCGAAGACGCGCAACCUCAAUCCUCGCUCUUUCAACUUCCUCAUGAGAUCCGACAUCACAUCUUCUUGCUAGCCUUGGCUAGGCCGCUCUCUGCCACGCUCCUCGACUCUUCUCACGAUGAUAGCCUAGACGUUGAGCCUGCUCUUCUGUCUACCUGCCAUCGCGUCCGCGCCGAAGCUCUCCCUCUCUUCUACAGCUCCAAUGACUGGGUCAUCAAGACACGUCGCGUGGGAGGUGACACGGGUCGUCUGGAUCCCAUCAGCAAGAGGUUGAUCACAUACCAGUGCAUACCUCGCUGGCUCGAUGCCCUGCCUGACGACAAGAUCGCUCUGAUCAGGUCCAUCGUGGCUAUUGGCUCGCGAGGAUCCUACGUGGACUUCAAAGGCAAAUGGUGGGAUGGCGAUCGCGCCGCAUUUCGCUUGCAAAGGUCGAACGGGCGCGUCACCUACCGCGUCGAUGAGCUGGACUAUCAUGAUGAAGAGGUAGAGCGAGAGCCGAAGCAAGAGAAGGACAAGGAAGCUUUCUGCAGCAUACACCUGGUCGACCUGCUUAACGCAAGGAUGCGCAUCAACUCUCGUGGGAAGUGGCUUUGGACGAGGGAGCGCGUACAUGAUCUUGCAUUUCUGCUGUGA